UAUGCCGAGCACGGGGGCGCCGGCGCGCCCGUCUACCUGGCGGCCGUGCUGGAGUACCUGACCGCUGAGAUCCUCGAGCUGGCCGGAAAAGCCGCCCGCGACAACAAGAAGACCCGCAUCAUCCCAAGACAUCUGCAGCUGGCCGUCCGCAACGACGAGGAGCUCAACAAGCUGCUGGGCGGAGUCACCAUCGCUCAGGGCGGCGUGCUGCCCAACAUCCAGGCCGUGCUGCUGCCCAAGAAGACCGACAAGCCGGCCAAGGCCAAGUAG